UUCAGUUCAUAAAAUCGAAUGGGGGUGUAAACAUUUAUUUAGUGAAUUGGAGAUGAAAUUCCCGUAGAGGAAUUAUAAAUCAAUUAGUGGAAGUGAAAAAUCAUACGAAAGAUCUGAUUUUUAAAUAUGUGAUUUACUGCUUUUAGACACAAGGCGCUCAAAAAACAAAAUUAUAUCCUCCAAUCAGUUGAUUGUUGUGCGCUGUACGAUCAGCCAAUGUAAAGUAGAUGCAUCAAACUUCCUUACUUCUCGCAGUGGUGGGGUGAAACGCUACCUCUUCGGAAAUUCCCUGUCUAAUAAGAUUUUAAAAAGUAACUUGAAAAAAAAGGAAGUGCGAGUGUUUUGCAUAGAUUUUGUUUUUAAAACUGCAGAUUUAUUCUUCUACAUAUACAUAUAUAGCGUGCGGAUAAAGACGAAUUUUGUAAUGGAACCUGUUAGUUUUCUAAAUAAUUCGCUGCGAUAAUCUUUAUAAACAUAUAUACAUAUAUGUAUAUAUACAAAAUAGUAGCAGUUGUGAAUUCAAAAUAUCGUUUGCGCUUUUUUUUACAUUUUGUAACACGGUAAAAAACGAAAAAGAACAAUGGUGACAAUACUCGACUUGCCUGACGAAUGCUUGAUAAACAUUUGUAAGCGAUUGGAUCACGAUAUCCAGCGUUACCACUGGGUGAAUGUGUGCAAAAGAUUCCAGUACAUCUACUAUGAGUAUUUCCAUAACUGGACGGAAGUUAAUGAUUAUUUAGCUCAAAACUUUGGUCACCUAAUCGGCACCGACGAUUUUCCGAUGCAAAUAAUCAAACGCAUUAAUUUAUCGAAAUCAAAGUGUUCUAAAAGAUUUCUAAAUAAACUACGCAUCUCUCAUCCAGAGAUUGAGGAAGCAAAACUCUUUUCGUUCACUGAUGAGCAUAUGGCUGAGCUUUUGCCUUUGCCAAAUCUGAAAGUUUUAAUCUGCAUUGGCACUUACGAUCUACGUGGUAGAAGUUUGAUAGACCUCUGCCGACUCACUGAGCUACACAUUCACACCAACAAAUUCAUAGAUUCGGAAAAUUUGAUUCACACCACCUACCACAAUCCAUUGCGAGUGCUAGUAAUUCCUAAUGAUCCGGGAGUAUUCUCCGAAAAGUACGCGUUUGAAAUGGUCGAAAACUUAAAGUAUCUCGAGGAGCUUGUGGUUGAGUAUAAUCACUGCAAAUCUUGGCAAUUGAUUGGCACUUUACCCCUACUUAAGAAGCUUGAGAUUUGGGAUUUCGUUAUUCACGUAUGUGAUUCAUGCGCAGAGAAACCCGAUUUAUAUGAAACGUGCGCUCCCAACCACGACAAAAUCAUAUUUGAUGAACUGCGCAAAAGAAAUCAAUUAGAGGAGCUCAUUUUCUGUGAUGGUGCUCUAACUGAUUUUCACCUAAACGGAAUUUCUGAAUUGAGAAGCUUGCGGGUAUUAAAAUUUUCGCGCGCGGCUAUGCCACACGAAGUCUCGCUAGAUAUAUUUAAAGAAUUGAUCAAUUUGGAAGAACUGCAUAUCGAUGGCGGCCGAAAAAUAAUUGCAGAAGAAUCACUCGAAUUUAUAAAAAAUUGUCAAAAAUUAAGAGUCAUACAUUUUUGGUACGCAGCUGGCAUAAAUGCGAACUUUAUUUCGAACGCAAAUGAUAUCGUAAGUAAAAGGAAGUCGUCUACGGUCAAACCUUUAACGCUGGGAUUCAGCUUUAUCACGAAAACGAUGAUAAGGGGUUUGUGUAUUCGGACACCAGUUGUGCAUAUAAGAAUUACGAUAUUAAGAAGGAAAUUUGUUGCUGCAGAAGAAUCGUAUUUGAAAAGUGAGGAGGAAUGUGUGAGCCAAUCGGAUGUACAAGGAGAUUUGUUGAAGAGGAAAUUUUCAGUCAUGAAUAUGGUAGCCGAAGAGAGGGAAGUUGAUAUGGAAAUCAUUCGUGGAAUCGCAGCAAGGGCAGAGUCAGAGGAGGGAAGUGAAGAGAACGAAUAAGAACACAACAGUUGAAGGAAAAGGGCCCUGAAAUUUGAUUUAAAAGAUAAAGAGGUUAUAAAUAAUUUGAAUAUUAUACAGCAAAACGAAAAAUAAACAAAAAAAGCAAGCAAGACAAAA